UGGACCUCUUCAGUGUGAGUCGCCGGAGCUCCCUCAGCCCGCUCCUUACCACCUGUCCUUGACAGGCCAUUCUUGUCAUUAGUUAUUCUUUUUUUUUUGUUGGUUUUGAAGAAUCAUCUCCCACCGCCUCCAUGAGAGUGCUGAAGGAAGCACUGAUUUGUCCUGGGUUGCCGGCGCUCUGAUGGGAGGCAGUGCCGGCUCUGGCUGGGACUGGGGAUGCUGAGCGGGGGGAGGGAGGGCCUGUUUGAGCUGGGACAGCAGCUCCAGCAGCAGGGGGAGUACCAGGCCGCCUUACACUGCUUCCUCAGCUGCCUGCUGGGACUGACACAUGUGCAGAGCUUCACCUCUCUGCCCAUCUGCCUUCACCAGAUUGCAGAACUUUUUAUCACGGAAAAAAACUAUGGGAAGGCCCUCCAGUUCAUCCAGGCUGAAAAAAUGUUCUACGAGGUGGCACUGAUCGAGCUCACAGCGCUGCACGGGAGAACAGAGCCCCAGGAGGAGCCUUUGCUGGGUUCUGCAGGAUGGACGACCCCAGAGGAGCUCUCAGAGCAGGCCUCCCAGGCUCAGCACCUCGAGCGGCUGGCCCAGCUGUGCAUCAUGAGCAAACAGCCUCAUCUUGCGCUAGAGUACAGUGGUAAGGCUACGAAGAUCCACCAAAAGACCUUUGGUAAUGACCAUCCGAUUACUGCCAGAAGCCUGGAGCUCAUGGCCACAGUCUAUGCUGAGAUUGGCAAGACUGAAUAUUCAGAUUCCUUAGGUCAGUGUGUGUCUGCGCUGUCCAAACGCUUUGCUGCUGCUGAGUCUAUCAGAGAUACGGUCAAAGGUCUUCCUCAUUCUCAUCGGGAGAAACACUCCGAGGUUCGCCACAGAAAGGACACUCGCCAACAACAGGAGGAUGAGCCAAAAGCCAAGUUACCCAAUGGAAGAAUCCCCACAUCCAUCCUCAAGAGGCCAAGCCCCAGUUAUGGGUUGGACACAGAACACAGACGGACAGGUGAACGGAGGGUUCGAUUCCGGGAGCCGGAGACCACGGUGCAUGACAUUCCUUCCUUUGACAGCACAGACUAUGAGGUGACGCCAUCCCGCCCCCACCUGGCCUUGUUCACCUGCCUCUUCCUGAUGAUGUCCUUCCUGGGCGUGGCCAUGUAUUGCACCGACCGGCGGCGGGCGCAGCCGGCAUGCGAGGAGCUGGAGGCGUCACUGGCUGUGUAUCUGUUGCACAUGAAGCAACUUGUGUGGGGCUGUUGGUUAUGGCUGACCAUGCAGUGAUGGACACCAGCCACAGGCGGGGCAUAAACACUCAACAGCCACAUGAUUGGAAAGGUUCAAGUCCAUAUAGAUGUACACUGUAUAUAUUUCCAUUAAGGAGUUGGAUUGUUCACUUCGAUGAGAAAAUUAUAAAAUAAAAUAAUGUUUAAGACGGAAAUGGAGCCACAAAGAAAAUCUUGCCAAGGGUCACAAAAAGCCUGGUGGCGAAAUAUUGGGUGCAUAUUUGGUGAUGGACCGGUUUUACAUUAAAACAUGGAGCUUCUUUUACCUUUUGAAUAUGUGCACAGUGCAGUGAUGGGCAUGGAACUACUUCUUCUACUUCUGACAGUUUUGCACAUUUGCACUCACGUAUCCCUUGCUUGAUUUGAUUCAUCAUCACAGCAUGUGAUUGACAAUGAAUGCAAAUAAUUAUUUUGGUACAAUAGAUAACUUGAGUAUAUGCUGUCAAACCUUUUUGACCGAAUGUGUGUGCACUUAGAUCAUUCAAGAAUAUUAAUUUUAGACACAUUUGCGCGAUCCAAUACAAGAGCUGUAUCAAAAGUUGAGUUUUUAUUGACACUGUCAGAGAUUAUGGCUUUAACGCCACAUUAAUAUAAGUAUACAUAAGUACGUAUUUUACUGUGUCAAUCAAAGCUUUGCCUUAUAACAGUAGGGAAGGGAUUUAAAUGGCCCCAGCCCUGGGUGGCUCUCGUGUGAGAGGAAGGGCGUGGGUUAAUAAUUUGCUAAAAAUGAUGGAAAGCGCCUCUCUAUAGGGAAACUGACGCUGUGGUCAAAGUUGGAAUAGCCACAAAACACAUUUAUUAAAGAUAUUCAACACCACUGCCAUCUGGCAAAAUCGGUCACGUUUCAUGUGUCAGGUAAAUCGCAGGGAAUGAGGCCAUAUGAAUCCCUUUCCUACUGUAUCUUUGUAAAGGCAGAAUCUUUGUAAGAGCACAUGUAGGAUCUGAUUAAAUUGUACAGAUGUAUUUGAUAUGUAGAGUGUGUUUGGCAGCUGUAAUACAGUGCAUGCCAAAUUAGGAGGAGGAUGUCUAUAUAUGGCUUGUUUUUUGUCACAUGGGUUGUCAUGGUUGACAACCCCUGGAAACAGUAGUAGUUUGAGCUUUAAUGACACCCUUUGUGCUGGACCCUCUUGCAAUAUAAUAAGGAUGGACUUUCCCUUAAUACAAUAUACUUUUUUUGACCAUGUAAUGAACAUGAGGCCCAGCAGGUAAACUUACAUCCUGCCUGUAAAGUGUCCCCAUCUGACACACACAUCCUGCCUUAUGAUGUUUUGAAUCUACAUUUAAAAGACUUCUUUGUGGUCCAUAAUAGAUAUGGUUUGGUGUACAUUUUGUAUAACCUGUUUUUUUUAGUGCGUCUGCAAGAUGUUCAACUCCGGAUGCGUUACCAGAUUGCAAAUGAAACCAUGCCCCACUUUCUCCAAAAAUAUCGUAAUGUAUCUUUUGAAAAUGUACACUGUUUAAAAAUAUACCUCGAAGUUGUCAUCUCAAUUUCUUUUCAAGACACGGUCGAAAAUAAACUUCAUAAACAUUACAUAGCUGUAUCAGGUCAAAAAAUUAGGUACACCUGCACAAUCGUCGCUCAAUUAAGACUGCACAAAAAACGCUGCUUUUACCAGCAUUGAUGUCACUGCAUGUCCCACGUCGGCGUUAUUGUGCACACGGCAAGAUUAGAUGAGAAUAAUACUUUAUCCGUCCUUUUUUUCUGUUUUCUCGAAACCAAUAUCCAAAUAGGAAUGUCCACCUCCCUCUGGUGUCACAACAUAGCCAAGCAGCAAAAGAUGAAACUCAUCAUAGACCAUCUUUAUGCACAAAUAAACAUGAUUUUAUUCUUUUUUUUGAACCCCUUCAUUCUUGUGGCACCACCUAAAGCAGUGUUUCUUAGCCAUAGGGCCUGGGCCCAUUGUUGGGCCGUGAGCAACCCCUAGAGUUCAGCCAAAAGAUAGAUCUCUUUCUCAGCUGUGGUCUGUAUGGGCUGCAGCGGUGCUCAAUUGUAAUACUCUUUUCCACCACUUGUGGCAGUAAUGACAAUCUCAAACCAACAGAAGAAAUCUUAGCUAAAGUCAUAGAGAAGUUUCUUAAGCGUGAAAAAUGAUGGCUAAAGUGGUGAAGCUGUAUUUAUAUUUGCACUUUAAUGUUAUUAACAGUUUAAUUGAGACAAGGGGAACUGCACUUUUUUGGAAUUGUCCCUAUUGUUUACAAUCAUGAAAGACAAGAAUACAAACGUUCUGUAUCGCAGUCUAACAUGUAAAAAUUGGCUCGUUCUAGGUAACUAGCAAUGCAGCUAAAAGGAGCAAUCAAUUCUACCUCUGAAUCACUUUAAAAAUGUAUUUAAAAACUAUCUGUCAGCAAUACUUCAUUUACGUUUCGUAACCUGUAUAGAAACCAAGCUGUAGCAACAUUGUUAUUGUAUAAGCUAGCUUCUACAACAACACAAAAUGCCUUUGAGUGUGUAAUGCACAACACUGCGAUAUGACAACAAUAUGUACUGAUAGAAAACCAUGAACAAUCAUGUUUUGUUUUGUACACCGUCUGUCAUGAUACACACGACAUGAUGCAUGUAUCAUGAAUAAUAUAGUGUCACUCACUCGAUGGACAGUUGUCUGUUUGGUCCAGCUGGCCGGGGACGUUUUGUCAUUUAUCCAAAUACCACAUUUGCAGCUUUGUGUGUCACUCUGUUGGCUUCCGUCUGCUACAACGUUUCACCCUCGUCUUCCAGAAGCAGCAGUUCAUUCUUCGUUCAUUCAGGUUCAAAAAGAAAAGGUUGUGAAUCCUCAUUUGUCAAGCGUUUGUUUCCGAAAGUAGGAACACAUAUUUGUUGCCGGAUGUUGGAAAACAAUGCACGGAAGAAUAAAAUGACCAAAAUACGGUAAAUAUUGUUAUGACAGGUCUGUUACUACAUUAUAUCUGGUGGCUGUUUACACACAGAAAUCCACCCCCCCACACCCUCCCGCCCCCAACAAAGCGUUGGAGGGUUUUGAAGUUGUUUUAGGGGGCUUCAAAGGCUACAAACUCCCAUUAGUCGCAUCUUCCAAGCAUUUUUAAUCAUCUUUAAAAUCCUAAUUAAAAAAAAGACAUGUGUUCUUGUCUCUCAAAAUGACUGUGAACGAAGUUCCCCUUUAAGAAACAUUAGUUAUUUAUUAUUAAUUUUGUUAAGAUGUACUCAUUUUAGCACUACGUCAUUUUAUGUAAAUAUAUUUGUCAUCCGUUUUUAUGAGUCCCUUCUUCUGCAGCAUAUUUGAUUAAUAUUUUGUAAUCAACUUGACCUAAACCUUGAUAAUAACCUGUGAUUAACACAUGGUUUCAUAGAAUUUUGACAACGCCGACCCUGAAAGGGACAAGCGGUAGAAAAUGGAUGGAUGGAUAUCCUGUUAAACUCUAAGUAGGUUAGAUAUACUGUAUACAACUAUUGAAUACGAUUAAAUCAAGAGUAAGAUUACAAAUUCAGUGUUAAUACUUGAGUUGUAAAGUUAAAGUUAAAGUACCACUGAUAGUCGCACACACACUAGGUGUGGUGAAAUUAGCCUCUGCAUUUGACCCAUCCCCUUGUUCACCCCCUGGGAGGUGAGGAGAGCAGUGAGCAGCAGCGUGCGCCGCGCUCGGGAAUCAUUUGGUGAUUUAAGCCCCAAUUCCAACCCUUGAUGGUGAGUGCCAAGCAGGGAGGUAAUGGGUCCCAUUUUUAUAGUCUUUGGUAUGACUCGGCCGGGGUUUGAACUCACGACCUACCGAUCUCAGGGCGCACCACAAGGCCACUGAGCAGGACAAGUAAUGUAGUGGAAAA